AUGCCAAACCACAAUUUCAUUUGCCUUUUGGAUUGGGCUUCUCACUUGCAAGAAAGUAAAAACAUAGACGAACUUGUUGAUCCGAUGUUGGGUUUUCGAGUUAACAAAGAGGAAGUAGGAAGAAUGGUGAAAAUAGCUCUCCUGUGUACCAACAUAACGCCGUCCGUCAGGCCUACAAUGUCCGAGGUAGUUCAAAUGCUUGAAGGACAAAUGGCGAUUCCAGAUGUUCUCACGAUAGGAAGUAUGUAUACAGAUGAUAUGAGGUUUAAAACCAUGAAAGACUUCAAUCGGGAGAAGCAAAGCGGAAGUUCCAAUGGAAGCCAAACUCAGAAUUCAACAACAAUACGAACAGAUGCAGAUUUUUCUUCAUCUACCACUGAUCUUUACGAAACCACUAGAGAUACGAUAUCAUAUUGA